CUCUGCUGCGUCGCCCUCGCUUUCCCCAAGCAAAGAUGGAAGUCGUCAAUCAGCUUGUGGCGGUUGGACAGUUCCGGGUCCUGAAGGAGCCCCUGGGUUUUGUAAAGUUGCUAGAAUGGUUCUUUUCCAUUUUUGCAUUUGCGACGUGUGGCAGCUACUCUGGACAAUUCCGUCUCAGCGUCAACUGUCCCAACAAGAAUGAGAGCAAACUCAAUAUAGAAGUGGAGUUUUCCUACCCCUUCCGGCUCCAUCAGGUGUAUUUUGAUGCUCCCACCUGUAAAGGAAGUGAACAAGACAAGAUUUUCUUGGUUGGAGACUACUCUUCCUCUGCUGAAUUCUUUGUCACCAUUGCAGUCUUCGCCUUCCUUUAUUCUCUAGCUGCGACUGUUGUCUACAUCUUCAUGCAGGAUAAAUACAGGGAGAACAACAAGGGGCCCAUGGUUGAUUUCAUUGUCACAGCUGUUUUUGUGUUCAUGUGGUUGGUGAGCUCUUGUGCUUGGGCCAAGGGGCUUUCAGAUGUCAAGGAGGCCACCGACCCUGAUAAUGUGAUAGAAGGCAUGUCCAUGUGCAAGGAAGCAGGGGUCAAAUGCAAGGAGGAGCAUGAGCCCGUCACUUCUGGCCUCAACACCUCUGUGGUUUUUGGCUUCCUGAACUUGGUGCUUUGGCUUGGAAACCUAUGGUUCGUAUUUAAAGAGACUGGAUGGAGUGCCCCCUUCAUGAAGUACCCACCAGCCCAGGAGAAGCAGCCAGCACCUGAUACUUAUGGUGAUAGCUACAACCAAGCUCCAGGAUAUGGACAGCAGGACACAUAUGGGCAGCCGGGUGGCUACCAGCCUGAUUACAGCCAGCAAGGCUAUGGUCAACAGGGAGACUACGGCCAGCAAGGUGGCUAUGUCCAAGGCGGGCCCACUUCCUUUGCAAACCAGAUGUAGGCGGGUUCCUACCCCCAAGCAGAAGGCGUUGUGAGGAGGAAGCAGCCAUCCCGUCCUGGCCCCCCAUGUCCCUUGUGCAGGGGAAGGGGGGGCUGGUGGGUGCUCAUACUGGGAGGUGGCUGGUGGAGC